ACUCGCCACUCGGGUACUCGCACAGUAUAUUUGAUGCAAUGUUAUCGUGAUGACGAUAACUGGUUUUUGGUGGUUCCGAACUGAUUACCCAUUCUGUAUUUUUUCUUAUCAAUGUAUAUGAAUUAAGCCAUAAAAUUGUAUAAAUUGAUUGAUAUGCCACUUAUCUAGAGCCGAAUUUUGAUCGUUGUAUAUGUGCUGAAAAUUCGUAAUUACCUAUUCAAGCAUAUGUGAUGGCGCUGGCUAUGAUAUUGGCUCCCUUUCGACGAGGAUUUUUUUGCGACGAUGACUCGAUUAUGUUACCAAACUUGGAAUCAAUAGUGUCCACGUCUGCGUUGUACUGGAUCGCAUUAACGGUUCCAAUAUUAUUAAUUCUGUGGGGUGAAUUUGCAGCCAUUCGACGCAACAAAAACUCAAAAUGGUGGUAUCAUCAUUACGAAAAACACGAAAUCGUGCAUUAUUUUCGAAAUGUGUUACGAAAACUGAUAUGUUUCGGUAGCGGAGAAUUGUAUCAGGAAUUGAUAACGAGUAUAGGUAAAAUAACCGUUGGUCGUUUGAGACCAAAUUUCAUCGCUGUGUGUGGAACUGAUGUGCUAAAGGCUUGUCGAAAUAAUACGCAUCAGUAUGUUUAUAAUUAUACCUGUCCUAAUGGCGAAGAUGCAGCUAAUGAAAGCAGAUCUUCUUUUCCUUCUGGCCAUGCAGCGUUAUCGUUUUAUGCUGCAGUAUUCACGGUGCUAUAUCUACAGAAAAGGUUGAAAUUUGAAACUCUGUUCUGGAAACCAUUGAUUCAAUGUUGUAUCCUGUUACUGGCCUGGUGGGUUUCUCUGACUCGAGUUAUGGAUAAUCAUCACCAUAUGAGCGAUGUGAUCGCUGGAAUAUUCAUUGGCAGUGGUAUAGCAAUAAUAAACGUUAUUUGGGUCCAUUCAUUGUUUGAAGAAGAAGAACCACUACACAAUUUAAAUUCGAAUCCAGACUCAUCUAAAAAAUCGUCAUCUGAGACCGAAAGUCUGCUGCAGAAAGGCUGAAAGAUUAGAAUCUGUUCAAAAUAAGAUUGAUAAAAAUAUUACUCGAGCCCAUCGACUUUUUGUUUUUUUGUAAAUCAGAAAAGUUCAACUUUUGAUUGAAUAUAAAAUUUGUUUCAGGAUGUAAAAUAUUUACAUUCAUCUCAUGCUCAUUCACUAUAAAGUGGGUCAUCUUCAACUUUGACCUUUUUUUUUUUUUAGAAAAAUUGAAGAUGCGAUUUAAAAAGAAAAAAAGUUGUUCGAGGAUCUCAAAAGACUGCUGAAAAAUUUUUAAAUUUAGGUACAUUAAAAAUCAAAGAUGGAAGUUGUUUUUUUUUCAAAAAAUUAUUGUUUUAUUAUAAUUAUAUCCAAUUGAAAGUGAGAACGCCGUUUUUGACAUGUUUUUCACUUUUUAUGGUAAUUUUUACAAGUUUGGAAAAGGUCUAAAAUUGUGUCAUUUUUGUACGCACAUAAUGUAAAACCCUCGUAAAGGUGAAAAAAAUUCAAAAACAGUUUUCAUACAUCCAUAAGGACGAGAUAAAGGUAAUAUAAUUAUUCAAUCAUCAUCAAGAUGAAUUUUUUCAAAAAAAAACUUAUUUUUUAAUUUCCUACAUAAAUUUCAAAAUUUAAAACGCCAGCAGAAAAAUUAUGGUAAAAGUUUGAGACCCUAAAUUUUUCCCACAGCUUUCUGAGGUCCCCACAACUUUUUUUGAAGCCUUCGUCCAAUUCUUAACAAAAAAAAAAAUCAAUGAUGGCCCACACUUGAUGACCAUGGGUGAUUUUUGCAAUUAUUUAUUCGAGACAAUCAACUGCAGUGUUUGAAUUUAUAUUUUGUUCUUGACUUGUCAGAGUACCUAUUUUUCUAUGCUGGUCUUUCAUUUUAUGCUUUAAAAUAUUUUUGAAGAUAGGUAGACUCGUAAGUCUGGAAUAUUUAAAUAAAUCAAUGUAAAUACGAAAAUUACCUAAGUAUUUACAAAUGGAUGAAGUUUACUUUUUUACUCAUUUGAAAGUACUCAUCACCGGAGAAACCCCACCAAGGGGAUUUGUUCAAAUAUAUGUACCUUACCUAUCCUCUAAAAAAUAAAAAUUAAAUUAAAAAUUAAAAAACGAAA